CUCUGAGCGCUCCCGGGUAGGGAGAGCCUGAAGGCAGCCGGCUCGUCGCGCGGCUCUCUGACGAGCGCCUGCAGGACCGGCUUACAGCAGGGCGAGGUAGCGAAUUGAAAGAAAAAAUACCGCUGAAAUGAAUCACCAAGGAUAUGUUGCAGCACCUCCAUAUUCCCAGGCCCAGCCAGGAAUGGGAGGAUUUUCUUCUGGCUUUGGACAAACAGUUUCUUCACCUCUGCAUGGACAUUAUAAUGAUCCAAAUCCAGCACCUUUUACAUCUCAGUCAGGUAUAUUGAAAACAAAUGUGCCUUUUGGAGUUCCUUCGGUCAUGGGAUCUCCACCUCAGAGCCUCCACCCACCUAAGCAGAGUAAUUUCCAGAAUGGACCCAGCACUGCAGCAGCUCAACAGCUACACAGAUUGCCAGGUCCCCCAGCUUCUUAUCCUUCCUACCAUCAUUCUUUACAGUCUGGUCCUAACAACCCCCCUCUGCCUGCAGUACAGCUGACAAAUCAGCUUGGUAACAUGCAGAUAAGUAGUUAUGGUCCCAGUAAUGCUCAGAAUCCACCUUCGUAUGGACCUUCGGGCCAACCAUCAUGUUUGCAAGGUCCACCUCUUCAGCCACAUCAAAUGGCUUUGCCAACAAGUCCUCCUGUUUCUCCACCAAAUAACUUGCAUAGUCACUGCGCUCCACCUUUACCGCCUUCAAUGGCCAGGCAGGAGGGGAUCCCUGGCCCAAAUCCAUUGAACACCAACUUGCCACAGCAAUUUGCAGGGGAACCCCCAGGUCCUGGGUUUCCUUCUCAGUAUGGAAAUUAUGGUCCUCCAAUGGCAGGGGGACAACUGUCUUAUCCAGGUGGUCUUCCCUCAGGUCCAGCACAAUUAGCUGGACCACAGCAAAGAAAACUUGAUCCAGAUUCCAUUCCAAGUCCAAUUCAAGUAAUUGAAAAUGAUAAAGUUUCCAGAGGAGGUCAGACCUAUGCUACCAAUAUCAGAGGUCAAGUUCCUCCUCUUGUUACAACCGAUUGCCUGAUCCAAGAUCAAGACUCCACUUUAUUUGGUAAACCAUGGGGAAAAUGGACCAAUUCGAUGCAAUCGAUGCAAAGCUUACAUGUGUCCUUUCAUGCAGUUCAUUGAGGGAGGAAGAAAAUAUCAGUGUGGAUUUUGUAACUGUGUGAAUGAUGUUCCUCCAUUUUAUUUUCAACAUCUGGAUCACAUUGGUAGAAGAAUAGAUCACUAUGAAAGACCAGAGCUAUCACUUGGAUCAUAUGAGUAUGUUGCUACUUUAGAUUAUUGCAAGAACAACAAGCCUCCUCAGCCACCAGCCUAUAUUUUUAUGAUUGAUGUGUCUUACAAUAACAUAAAAAGUGGUCUUGUUAAACUGAUUUGUGAAGAACUAAAAACUGUACUGAACAGACUUCCAAAAGAGGAGCAAGACGUUUCGACAAUUCGGGUUGGAUUUGUCACUUACAAUAAAAUCCUUCACUUCUUCAAUGUAAAAAGUACUCUUGCACAACCUCAAAUGAUGGUAGUCACUGACGUCAGUGAAGUAUUCGUACCUUUGUUGGAUGGCUUCCUUGUCAACUUCCAAGAAUCACAAUCUGUUAUAAAUAACUUGCUGGACCAGAUUCCUGAGAUGUUUGGAGAUACAAAUGAGAGUGAGACAGUCUUUGCUCCUGUGAUUCAAGCAGGCAUGGAAGCACUCAAGGCAGCAGAGUGCGCUGGAAAACUGUUUAUCUUCCACUCUUCAUUGCCAACUGCAGAGGCACCAGGGAAACUGAAGAACAGAGAUGAUAGGAAAUUGGUCAAUACAGAGAAAGAGAAGACGCUGUUUCAGGCCCAGACAAAUAUUUAUGAGGCCUUGGCCAAAGACUGUGUUGCCAGCGGUUGCUGUGUAAAUCUGUUUCUUUUCCCAAACCAGUAUGCAGAUAUCGCUUCUAUGGGCUUUGUGACUUUUCAUACUGGAGGAACAUUGUACAAGUACAAUAAUUUUCAGAUACAGUCUGACAGCCAUCAAUUUCUCAAUGACCUGAGAAAGGAUAUAGAAAAAAAAGUGGGUUUUGAUGCUAUUAUGAGAGUUCGAACUAGCACAGGUUUUAGAGCAACAGACUUCCUUGGAGCUAUUUACAUGAACAAUACCACAGAUGUUGAACUGGCAGCAAUAGAUUGUGACAAAGCUGUGACUGUGGAGUUCAAGCAUGAUGAUAAAUUGAGUGAAGAUGGUGGGGCUUUAAUCCAGUCACGUCUUCCAGAACUGGAUAAUCCCUACUCUUCAAACCUGAGGUCCAUAAUAGAUCAGCUCCAAAGCAGAACACCCUAUUCCAUGAAGAUUCUGAUUGUGAAGCAACGAGAGCAAACGGAGAUGGUUUUCAAGCAGUUUUUGAUUGAAGACAAGAACAUCUACGGAGGAACUUCUUAUAUGGACUUCUUAUGUUGCGUUCAUAAAGAAAUAUGUCAGCUUCUCAACUAAUGGAUUUUGAAUUUUGUUCUCUGUGCUUUUGUUCAGAACCUAUUCAAGAACGGCCACCCACCAUCACAAGGUGCUUUAUAUUGCUACCUUAUUGUACAGUUUCUAAUUUUGUAGAUUAGUGCUUUGUUUCAUAAUAAUGUAGCCAUCUAUAAUUACGGUAUGUAAACUAGGCUAAUAUUUGCUCAGGUAUAACUCCUAUGGGAGAGCCUUUUAUCCUUCUUUAAAAGGAAGUUUUCUAAUGGCAAGGUUUGAAAUCCUGGAAUUUGUGUAAAACAUGCAAUUCUCAUUUCACAUAUUUUAAUAAACUGCAAAGCAUUUAAUGUUCUUGUGCUUUUUAUUAUUUUGCUGUGGUGCUGUGACAUAGUUCAAAAUAGUGGACUCUUCAGCCCCAGCAAAACAUCCAAAGAUUGGGGCUAUGGAAAUUGUGGCUCUCCAGAUAUAACUGGCCUAUCUGUGCCUCCCAAUCACCUGUUGAUUUUGUAAAUAUUUUUAAAACUAAUUAUUUCUUGGGUUGAUAAGAGGAAUGAGGAAUGAAGUCAUUUGGGGAGGGGGGGUUAAUUCUUUUACAUACAAUUUGUAUUUAGGACCAAAAAAUAAAUCUUUUUGUAUUGACCAUGUCCAAAUGCAAUCUCAACAUAUUCACAUGGCCUUUCAGUUUCCGCCAAAGGUUUGUUUAACAUACUCCAAACUCCUGUUACUGUACAUGAGGCAAAACAAUUGAAUUGUAACACUUUCUCUAUGAGACAGUAUUAAGGAAUAUGGGAUAGUUUUGUUUAGGACAUAGCAAAAUUUAAUGCCUUGCAAAAAGCAAAGUAGAAAUUGCUAUUACUGGAAUUUACCUAAAGGAUAACUAUUGCAGUAAAUUAACAUUUAAACAUUAAAACCUGUUCAACGUAUUAACUUCCCAGACCUGGAAAAUGUACUAUUACUUGAAAGAUACUAUUGUUAACUUUAUUCCUAAAAUAAAAGUUCUUUAUUUGACUAAAA